UCCGAUUAUCGCGGUAGAAUCGCCACGAUGAAGACAUUCAGAUAAAAUCAAGCAUUAUGGUGAAGAAAUUCAAAAAAAAAAUGCAUUCUAUUUGUUGUGACACAGACGUGGCUGAUCGGAGUACGGCGUCAGCAUUGCCGGCGACUAAUAAUAUACCUUUAUCUAAGUUCCUGGAUAUGCAUCCACCGCGAUCUCCUCCUCAUUCCAAAUCACGCGCCACCGCAAAUAACAACGCGGAAGUUGAUUAUUCUGGUGAUGAAUUUCAUUCGGCGAGGAUGAAUGAUUUUGCAGGGAAUGACAUUUCUGGAAUUUUAUACAAAUGGGUGAAUUACGGUAAAGGAUGGAGACCUCGAUGGUUCGUUUUACGUGAUGGAGUUCUUUCGUAUUACAAAAUCAAUGGACGGCAUAAGAUUGUGACGAAUUCGGAGACGGAGAAAGGAUCGAUGAUCAUCGGAGAAAAGUCGUUUCGCCGGAUUAAUACUUCGUCAAGCACAUCUUCGAAAUCUCAUCGGCGAAAACCUUGCGGAGAAAUUCACCUCAAGGUCUCGUCAAUAGAAAGUCGAUCAGAUGACCGGAGGUUUUCUAUAAGUACUGGGGCAAAGAGGUUGCAUUUGAGGGCAGAAACAAAGGAGGACCGACGUAUUUGGUUGGAGGCAUUGACUGCGGCAGUAAAGUUGUUUCCAAAAUGCGAUCCUGUUCUUGACGUUCAAAUGAAUGAGAAUGUGUCUGUGUCAACUGAAAAGUUGAGGCAACGACUCUUGGAGGAAGGUGUAAGUGAGGUCGUGAUUCGGGACAGUGAGCAGAUUAUGAGAAAUGAAUUUGUAGCAUUGCAUAGUCAUCUCCAGCAGGUGAAGCGGAAGCAGAUGUUACUGCUUGAUAAAUUGGGGCAGUUGGAGACAGAAAAAGUUGACCUCGAGAACACUCUCAUUGAUGAGGGUCACAGACAGGCAAGAGAUCGUCAAACUUAUUCUGAAGCAUCUCUGGACAAAUUUAGAGUAUUUCUAGGAGGAAGUGCAAGUGGAUCUGACAACGAAGAGGAUGAUUCUGAUGAUGAAGUAGAUGCUGAUAGCUCGUUUUAUGAUGCUAAAGAUGUUCUUUCUUCGAGUUCCACAAGAAGCACCGAUUCUGAUGAUGAAAGAUUAUCAUUUGAUUCUGCGACUGUAGAGUUUCAUCCUGCUGAAGAUGGUCUUGGUUCUGGUACAAGAUUUGCUACAUCUGACUAUCCUGUUGUGAAGCGAAGGAAGAAAUUGCCAGAACCACAUGAGAAGGAAAAGGGAGUAGGCCUUUGGUCAAUGAUCAAAGAUAACAUCGGCAAGGAUUUAACUAAAGUUUGUUUGCCAGUGUUCUUCAAUGAGCCACUCUCUUCUUUGCAGAGAUGCUUUGAAGAAUUUGAAUAUUCUUACCUUCUUGACCAAGCAUAUGAAUGGGGAAAAACGGGAAAUAGCAUUAUGAGGAUUCUUAGCGUUGCAGCAUUUGCUGUAUCCGGAUAUGCUUCAACUGAUGGAAGGAUGUUCAAGCCAUUUAAUCCAUUAUUAGGCGAGACAUAUGAAGCCGAUUACCCAGACAAGGGGUUGCAUUUCAUCUCGGAAAAGGUUAGUCAUCAUCCCCUGAUUCUUGCAUGUCACUGCCAGGGUCGAGGUUGGAAAUUUUGGGGAGAUACAAAUUUAAAAAGUAAAUUUUGGGGUCGAUCAAUCCAACUUGACCCUGUUGGUGCCCUUACCGUGGAGUUCGAUGAUGGAGAGAUUUUUCAGUGGGGCAAGGUUACAACUUCCAUCUACAACAUCAUUAUAGGAAAGCUCUACUGUGACCACUAUGGCACAAUGUAUAUCCGAGGGAAUCGAGAUUACUCCUGCAAGCUAAAAUUUAAGGAGCAGUCUAUUGUGGAAAGAAAUCCUCACCAGGUACAUGGAGUCAUACAUGAUAAGAGUGGAAAAAGAGUGGCAACAAUUAAUGGAAAAUGGGAUGAGAGUUUGCAUUACUCUAUGGGGGAUAAUCCGUCAGAUGAUGUUGGACAAGAUUCUGAUUCAAAGUCACAUUUGAUUUGGAAGCGAACCAAACCAUCAGAUUUCCAAACAAAGUACAAUUUAACGCAUUUUGCUGUCACCCUGAAUGAGCUCUCUCCUGACCUUAAUAAAAAGCUGCCACCAACAGAUUCAAGGCUUAGACCUGAUCAAAGGUUUCUUGAAAAUGGAGAAUAUGAAAUGGCUGAUUCAGAGAAGUUGCGGUUAGAGCAGAGGCAACGUGAGGCAUCAAAGAUGCAGGAAAGAGGAUGGCAACCAAGGUGGUUUGCUAAACAAAAAGGUAGUGAUACAUAUAAAUAUAAAGGAGGAUAUUGGGAAGCUAGACAAACUGGUAAAUGGAAUUCAUGUCCACAUAUUUUUGGUGAAAUAUCUCAACACACUUAGUUUCACCCCCAAUUUA